AUGAUGAUUGCAAGAGAAGAGAAAGCAGGGCCAUCACAACAACUGGAGGAAGAGAAGGAACUUACAACUUACUCAGAAGAGGAAGAGGAGGCAGGAAGAACUCAGUGGAGGAGAGACAAAGAUCUCAUAGAUGAGACAAUAAUCAACCGAUCUCUAACUCUGAAUGAGCUCCGAGACAUUCGAAAAGAUUACAGCCAUCAUCAAGAUUAUCUUAAGAGAGGGUAUUUCAAGGGCCCAAAAGGGUAUCGGUGGGCUUUUGGCGUAGCCGCCUUGGGAACAGAGAAAGUCAAGCAGCUGUCUACUUUGCCUGGUCUCUCAGAGGACACUUCUGUUGUGGGAUUGCUGAGGGUCGCAGAACAACAGGUGCCAAUUGCUACUACAACAGUGCACCAACAGCAAUAUCGUACCAACCGAGACUCUGUGAUUCCUAUCCAUAAGGUGAUUUGUCAACUGGAGAGCCAAGGAGUGAUCAGCAAGACCCACUCACCUUUUAACAGCCCCAUAUGGCCAGUACAAAAGUCCAAUGGAGAGUGGAGACUGAUGGAGCCAAAUUCUGGGGAGAAUGGUUUGAACUGGAGUCUCUGGCAAAAAGCACCAGAAGAGACGAGGUCAACCCCUCGGGUUUUGGAGUCGGGGAUAGAGGAUCCCAAGCCUGCUACACUCCGACUGAAAAAGAGACCUCAUCCACACGCAACAUUAGCACCACAUACUGUCCUUUGCACAGUUGCAGUUAUAGUGGUCUGGUCCCUUGUGGAGAAAGGUUACCUGUUCUACAUGCUCAUAGCCUGCAUGUGUGAGCUUAAAGAGGUAGUGAACAGUGUUUAUGCAGGGACUUGUGGUUUUGAGCUUACAUGUUUUGAUUACGUACGGCUGAAACUGACAGAGAUGCCAUGUAUGGCAGCUGCUUCUAGUGCAACGUCAGCAGUUAGUGUCACUGGAGGACUCGGACAUGACACAGAAAACAAUCCCUGGACUGAAGUAGUGCCUAUAGGUUUGGUCUUCCACAUCAUGCUGACCUGCGGAGGAGUAGUGUACUCCCUUGGGGAUUGUGCUGAUGCAAGGAAAUAGGUCUCUAACACUUCCAAGUACGGUGAUGGGAGGAAAGAGAAUAGAAUUCUGACUGGGAAAAUAAGCAUUCCCAUGGAUGCUACUGCCUUGAUCACCAUGGGAAAAAAUGUCAAAUUAAUUUAUAUUGUGACAAGCCAGCUGAAUGGCUGCUUCCUAUAUGUUCAGAAGAUAGAUUACUUUGACACUAAGACAGGGAAGGUGGUGCGAUACCUCACCUUCUGUAUUGAAUUCAAUCAUAAGCCGUUGUCUUUUCCACAGGAAAACAUCCUGAGUGUGCACAGCUCAAAAAAAACUUGCAGAAAAAGAAAUAAAAGACGACCUCAGGAAUAUUCUCUCAGUCCAAAUACCUUCUGAUUACAUCAGAAAGGUGGGAAAUGGAAAAUUCUGGCAGAUCCUUCAGAAGUUCUUGACCAUUCA